AUGCCACGCAUCAGAGCCACCACACACGCCGGCACAUGGUACUCCAACCAAGCGGGGCAGCUGCAACAGCAGCUGAAGACGUGGCUGAGCGAGGCGGAGGCGGUAGAGGGGCAGCACGCCAGGGCCAUCAUAGCGCCACAUGCUGGCUAUCGGUACUCUGGCCACGUGGCGGCGUAUGCCUACAAGCAAAUCGACCCCACCCAAGUGCGGCGAGUGUUCCUGCUGGGGCCCUCCCACCACUUCUACUCCAAGCACUGCCUGCUGUCGCCAGCAGAUGCCUACGCAACGCCGCUGGGCUCCGCCACCAUUGAUGCGGAGGUGUAUGCCGAGCUGCGGGCCACCGGCAAGUUCCAGGAGCUGAAGGCCGCGGCUGACGAGGCGGAGCACAGCCUGGAGCUGCACCUGCCCUACAUUGUGCACAUGAUGGCGGGGCGGCCCUUCACCCUGGUGCCCAUCGUGGUGGGGGCCAUCAGCGCCGAGUCGGAGGCUGCGUACGGGCGGCUGCUGGCCCCCUACCUGGACGACUCCUCCAACCUCUUCAUCGUCUCCUCCGACUUCUGCCACUGGGGCAAGCGCUUCAGCUACACCUUCUACGACCCUGCGCAGGCGAGUGCGGCAGGAGGUGGUGGGCAGGGGAGGCCAGGGCGAGGGCAACAGCAGCAGCUCUCUGGUGGUGCUCUCCUGGGCCCCAUCCACGCCAGCAUCGAACGGCUGGACCGGCAAGGGAUGGCUCUGAUAGAGGCGCAGGAUGCGGCUGGGUUCACCGCCUACCUCAAGCAGCACGGCAACACCAUCUGCGGCCGCCACCCCACCGCCCUGCUGCUGCACGCACUGCGCCACUGCGCCACCAAGCACAGCGUGCGGUUCACCAAGUACGACCAGAGCCACCGGUGCACGACGGAGCAGGACAGCAGCGUCAGCUACGCGUCAGCGGUGGUCGUGGCGCUGGGGCGGUGA